CUGGCUCGAUGGGCCCACGAUGCCUCAGGUCACCAGGGCAGAGAUGCCACCUAUAAGUGGGCACGAGACCGAGGGGUGGAUCUAACCAUGGACAGUAUUUCCCAGGUAAUCCACGACUGUGACACGUGUGCUGCCAUCAAGCAGGCCAAGCGGGUGAAGCCCCUCUGGUAUGGGGGACGGUGGUCCAAAUAUAAGUACGGAGAGGCCUGGCAGAUUGACUACAUCACACUGCCUCAGACCCGCCAGGGCAAGCGCUACGUGCUGACCAUGGUGGAAGCCACCACCGGAUGGUUGGAGACCCACCCUGUGCCUCACGCCACUGCUCAGAACACCAUCCUUGGCCUGGAAAAGCAAGUGCUCUGGAGGCAUGGUACCCCUGAGAGAAUUGAGUCAGACAACGGGACUCAUUCCAAGAACAACCUUAUAAUCACCUGGGCUAGAGAACAUGGCAUUGAGUGGGUGUACCAUAUUCCCUACCACGCACCAGCGGCUGGGAAAGUCGAACGGUGCAAUGGGCUGCUUAAAACCACCUUAAAGGCACUUGGUGGGGGGACUUUCAAGAACCAGGAGAUUAAUCUACCGAAGGCCACAUGGACUGGAGACAAAGGGGUAGGUGGGGGCUGGAUUCUGGGGGUUUUUGGCUCUUUCGCUGGCUACGACUGA